AAAGAAAAACAAAAUAGGAAUUUAGGUAUGCAGAUAUGAAGAUCUGUUUCGUUUUGGUCUUUCCCUGCUUCUAUGGUACCAUACAAAGUCUGAAUUGGAAAGAAAGAAAUAAGUGUGGCUGAGUGGGUGCAGUAAAUAAUUGUCCUCUUCCCCCAACACCCUCUGCCACUGCAUUCACAUUCACACACUCUCUCAGAUCUAUAUAUUAGGGCGUCGGUGAUCCAUUCCCAUUCCCACUCGCAUUCCAUUUCUUCAUAAUGUCGUUGGGUCGAUUGGAUUCGUGGAAGCAGCAGUACUACACCACCACCGGCGUGGUGGUGGGUUACGCACUCUGCUCCAGUCUUCUCGCCAUUAUCAACAAAUACGCCAUAACCAAAUUCAACUACCCAGGCCUCUUAACUGCGCUACAAUACCUCACCUCCGCGCUCGGCGUCUACGUCCUGGGGAAGCUAGGGCUUCUCCACCACGACCCCUUCACAAUCCCCACCGCAAAGAAAUUCUUCCCCGCCGCCCUCGUCUUCUACCUCGCCAUAUUCACCAACACCAACCUCCUCCGCCACGCCAACGUCGACACCUUCAUCGUCUUCCGUUCCCUCACCCCCCUCCUCGUCGCCCUCGCCGACACAGCCUUCCGCGCCCAGCCCUGCCCCUCCAACCUCACCUUCCUCUCCCUCCUCCUCAUCCUCGCCUCUGCCAUCGGCUACGUCGCCACCGAUUCCGGCUUCACCCUCACCGCCUACUCAUGGGCCUUCGCCUACCUCAUCACCAUCACCACCGAGAUGGUCUACAUCAAACACAUGGUCAUGAACCUCGGCCUCAACACCUGGGGCUUCGUCUUAUACAACAACCUCCUCUCCCUCAUGAUGGCGCCAUUCUUCUGGUUCCUCACCGGGGAAAACGUCCAGGUUCUCGCCGCCCUUAGAUCCGGCAUCUUUGACCCCGCCGCCUUCUACGCCGUCUCGUUGUCUUGCCUCUUCGGAUUGCUCAUCAGUUUCUUCGGCUUCGCCGCCAGAAGGGCCGUUUCCGCCACGGCGUUCACCGUCACCGGUGUGGUCAACAAGUUCCUCACCGUGGCGAUCAACGUCCUCAUUUGGGAUAAGCAUGCUAGCCCUGUCGGGUUGGUUUGUUUGCUUUUCACCAUUGUUGGUGGGGUUCUCUAUCAGCAGUCCGUCAGUGGGCCUGUCAGUGCUCCGGCCCAGCCCAAGCAGUUGGAUAUCGAAAACAGCAAAGGUGGUGGCAUUGGCGGCGGCGAUGACGAUGAUGAUUUGGCAGGUGAGAGUGAUGGGACGGGUAAACUUAUCUCUAGAUGAGCAUUUGUACCAUUUGUUUCAUGUUCAAGCUGCAUUGACUGUAUAAUUAUUGUCUUAUUUUAACAACGUUAGGGAAAUUUUAUGCAAUGUGAGAAAUUGUUUUCACAAUGAUGUGGAAUUUCAAUUUUGCUUGUAUACUUCUCCCAGUUUUACUGUUGUUGUGAUUUUAAUAUAUGGCUAAAUAUGGCUGGCUGUUUCAUUUCCA